UGUGCAUGCGUUUGUCGAUUACCGAGUGGACACAGUGUGAUCAGGCAUGCAGCUUCCAUUGAUCAUUACCAAACUCUUGGCUGACACUCUAGACCCAUCAUGGAGUCAGGGAAGCAGCUCACAGGUACACUGGCGCUGGCUGUGUUCACAGCAGCUCUUGGGUCCCUGCAGUAUGGCUACAGUAUUGGAGUCAUUAAUGCACCUCAGAAGAUCAUUGAAAGGCAUUAUGGCCGGUCCUUGGGGGUGUGGUCAGACAGAGCUGCUGACCUGUCAGAAAACAGCACAGACGAAUCUGAGAACAACGAUGCGGGAAAACACCCUUCCGUGGUCAUAUAUUGGUCAUUAUCGGUGGCAAUCUUCUCCAUUGGUGGGAUGCUUUCCUCCUUCCUGGUCGGAUUUGUGGGAGAUCUGAGAGGGAGGGUAAAAGGGAUGUUAAUGAUCAAUGUUCUGGCCAUAGCUGCUGGACUGCUGAUGGGUCUUUGCAGGAUGUGGAAGCCUCAUAUCAUGGUCAUUGCAGGCCGUGCUGUUAUGGGAUUUUACUGUGGUAUAUCAUCUGGGCUCGUACCUAUGUACGUUGGCGAGAUUGCACCCAGAGCUUACAGAGGGGCUCUGGGAACUAUACAUCAGCUCGGUGUUGUCAUCGGCAUCCUCAUCAGCCAGAUAGUAGGCCUGGACUUUGUACUUGGAAACGAUGACAUGUGGCCCCUGUUGCUUGGUCUGUCUGGCGCUCCGGCCAUAUUACAAUCCCUUCUGCUGCCACUGUGCCCUGAGAGCCCGCGGUACCUUUACAUCCUAAUGGGCAAGCACCAAGAGGCUCGAACAAGUUUGCAUCGUCUAAAGGGGGAAUAUGAUCCAACAGAGGAUCUGGAGGAGAUGAGGAGGGAGAAAGAGGAGGCAGACAAGGAGCAGAGGAUCUCUAUCUUAUCUCUGAUCGUCUCCUCUGUGUACAGACGGCAGCUGUUUGUUGCUCUCAUGAUGCACCUCUCCCAACAGUUUUCUGGCGUCAAUGCAAUCUUUUAUUACUCCACGGAUAUCUUCACUCGAGCUGGUGUCAGUCAACCGGUGUAUGCCACUAUAGGAGUUGGGGCCAUCAACACAGUCUUCACCCUAGUAUCUGUUGCACUCGUGGACAAAGCUGGCAGACGCACCCUGUGUAUGGCAGGUCUCGGAGGGAUGUGCUGCUGUGCUAUUGCCAUGACAGUGGGCCUCAAAUUCCAGAAUGAUUUCUCGUGGCUGAGUUAUGUCAGCAUGGCAGCUAUCUUCCUCUUUGUGAGUUUCUUUGAGAUUGGUCCUGGUCCUAUUCCAUGGUUCAUAGUGGCUGAACUGUUCAGCCAGGGUCCUCGGCCUGCAGCCAUCGCCCUCGCUGGCUGCUGUAACUGGACCAGCAACUUCAUCAUCGGCAUGACCUUUCCGUACAUACAGGCUUGGAUGGGUAGCUAUGUGUUUAUCCUGUUUGCUGUUUUGCUUCUGGGCUUCACAGUGUUUACUUAUCUUCGUGUCCCCGAGACCAAGGGCAAAACAUUUGAGGAGAUCGCGGCUGUCUUCCAAAAAGGACGUAAGAUCAACAAGGACAGUACUGAACUGCAGCAGCUCAAAUCAUCCUCAGACGCUUAAAGCAGCGGCUAUUUUCAUGUGUAGUCUCUUUGUUUGACAUGUAAAGUUGCAUCGGUCAGUAUUUCAAAAGUGUGCGUGCACAUUUAUCCGCUUACAUGGGGAAUUCGGGGUAAAGGAAGGAUUUUUACACAGGAAAAGAUUUUAUUUACAGUGUAAAUACACACAAAAACCAUCACAGCAGUGACCUGAAAUAUUGUGUUUCCGUUAAGGAUAAUAUUAAUAUGGAGUUAUGUUUACAUUUGAUAAAGCUAUCAACUUUUAUUGCAGUAGUAUGGUUUGCUUGUCGAAAGAAGCUCUAAUAAACAAAAUUCCAUAUUAUUUCUGUGUGAAAGGGGUAUAUUGUUGACCCUGCAGAGAAUUAUGACCCCACUCCGCUGUUCACCUAAGCUCUACUCAACUUUAAAGUGUCUCAAUUCCUGUUCAGUUUUCAUUCAGAUGUUUUCAGUACAUAAACUGUAAAACCUCAUUCUAUACUACCUUCUCAAAACCACAUAUAUGUUAUAUGUACAUACAUAUAUGUUAGCAACUGGCUGAUGAGUAUAUUGUAAUAUUUAAGUGCUAAAGAGAUAAAUAGAUAUUUCCUCAAGAAAAAAGCGGAGAACCAACAACAAAGCCAACUACAUUUUUGCAGGUUUUCUGUCACUGUUACUUUCACAGUUGUUUCUGCUUCCUCCUAGUGGUCAAAAUAGUAGGUUUAUUGCUGGAUUGUCACUGUAAAUGCAUUGAAAAGACACAAAACAAAUAAAAACCUUUAACUGUGGAAUUAAGGAGCAAGGAAAUAAAGCAGCAAUGAUGUUUGGAGAAACUUGAAGAGAAGAGACAAUAAAAUAUUACUUGAAGAAA